AGAAGCGAACUGCAGCGUAGCAUCAGUCAAUAGCAUGGCUGUCAUCAACAUCUUGUAGCCAUAUGUAAGGUUAGAUAUCACCCCGAAUCUUCGAGAAGAGCAACUUCCGUUCCUGUCUCCACGUGAUUCUACUACAUCACUGCAUCACACGACUUCCUUGAUACAACCAACUCGAAGCAUCACAGCCUAAAGUAACACUCAUCAUGGGUUCCGUCGUUCUGCCGCACCUGCGCACAGCCUGGCACGUCGACCAGGCCAUUUUAUCCGAGGAGGAUCGACUUGUGGUCAUCAGAUUCGGUCGCGACCACGAUGUCGACUGCAUGCGCCAAGAUGAAGUCCUCUUCAAGAUCGCCGAAAGAGUGAAGAACUUCGCGGUAAUCUACCUCUGCGACAUCGACGAGGUCCCCGAGUUCAACACGAUGUACGAACUCUUCGACCCAAUGACCAUCAUGUUCUUCUACCGCAACAAACACAUGAUGUGUGAUUUCGGUACCGGUAACAAUAAUAAAUUGAACUGGGUGCUGGAGGAUAAGCAGGAGAUGAUUGAUAUUAUUGAGACGAUUUAUAAGGGGGCGAAGAAGGGUCGUGGUUUGGUGGUUAGUCCUAAGGAUUACUCGACGAGGUACCGCUACUGAGGGGGGGGUUGUCUGGGUUAAUGAUGAGUUAUGAUCAAGGGAUUGUUUAGGUUGGUUAGAUGAAUGUGAGGCGAUUACUCCAUCCUUCAGUUACUAGUAUAUGUCUGUAGAUGUAGAUGAUCCGUCGUAUGUCAUUUCCAUAGCGUCUUUACAACUCAUAAGUAAAU